GUCAAGCGCAACUGGUUCGUCCGUCGUCGCGUACCGAAUCUCCAACACCCCCCCCCCCCCCCCCCCCCCGCGCGCGCCGCCGCAGCCACCGCCUCCGCCGUCGACGAUGGGUCUCUGGGAUGCCAUGUACCGCGUGGUCAUGCGCCGUAACGGCGUGUACGUCACCUUCGUCGUCGCCGGCGCCUUCGCUGGCGAGCGGCUGGUGGACUACGGCGUCAACAAGGUCUGGGAGAUGAACAACGUCGGGAAACGGUAUCAAGACAUAUCAGUUCUGGGGCAAAGGCCGGUUGAGGAGUGAAGACAUUGAAGCCCAGAUUUCCCAUGAUCUUUUAAGUGAAAUUAGGCACCUUAUAAAGCUCCAUGUUUUGGCAUUUUCUUUUGGCACAAUAAUAUUGUAAAACUCUCUUGCUGGGUGUUACUCACUCCCUUUGAGCACUAUGGUACCAAUCUGUUCCACAGUGAAGUGAUUGCUAUGUCUGGUCGCUCUGGAACCAGUUCAAUACUAUCCAAAUUAUGAAUUGGACUUCUUUCUAA